GCGCUCAGCCACCACCUUUCUCCCUCUCUCUCUCUCAUUUUCUCUCUCUCUCUCCUCCUUCCUGUUUGCUCGCCAGUGAGGGGGCACUCCUCCUGCUGUGUCGAUUGGUAGGCAGUUACAAACGUUACUAUUUUGAGAGAGUCAGUGAAUGCGCUCUGUGCCCAGUAGCAACUGAUCGAGAGAGGAGAGAGGCAGAAAAAGGCAGAGAAAGGCAGAGUGGGGUUUGGCUCGUUCUUCUGCACAUUAAGUGCUGUGCACAAGAGGAUGAGGGAGCACAGGGAGACUCGGACCUACGGCUGACGCUGAGCUGUGCCACUGAAUCCAGGCAGAAGCAGAAGAAGGCGGACAGCAAGUCAGGAGGUCGUGUGCCAAGGAGAUUUGCAGAACAGAACCAGAUUUUUUUUUUUUUUACGGCUCAAAGGGAAAGAAGGCAAAAGGAGAGAGGGAGGUGGAGGUGAGCAGAGAGAGGAAAGAUGGCGAGUUUUGGGAAACUCACAGACUACUUUAAUCGCCGUAAGUCUCAAGAGGAGCUGCGGGUGGGCAGGAGCUCGCAGCGCAGUGGCAGUUACUGCUGCACUGUGGCAGAGGCCAGGUCACUGGAAAGGAAGCUGCAGAGACCUCUACUGGCUAAGUCCCGUACUCUCCCCAGCAUCCCCCAGUCUCCUACAGUCUCCAGGGUCCAUCACUCUGAUCUCAUUGGUGGGAGUCCUCCUCGCAGGAAGAACUCGCCCGCUGCCACCAGCCACCCAAAGGCCUGCACUCUGCCACCUGCAGGGGAGCUGUGGCGUUUGGAGGAUGACAUGGAGGGUGAAGAUGAGCCUGAGCAUGGCGGGUGUACCGAGGCCCGCCCUCGCUCCCAGUCGCCCUUUUCCCACUUCCGGGCGCGAGCUGCCUACCUCCGCAAGAGCGUCUCAGCAGACGACAACCUGGACAUGGGCUUGGACUACAGCUCUGGGACUGUAGUCGAGGGCAAGCCAACUCGUGGCAAUAAGGGCAAGCUGAAGAGAAAGUUUAGUCUGGGCUCGGCUGACCGAAAGGAGAAUCAGCAUAAGAAGUCAGAGUCAGGGAUCUCCAAAUUUACCCAUCGUCUAUCCCUCAAAGAGCGCGUGGCCAAAGCAGAGAAGACUUCGUUGGACAGACCUCGAUCCUACAGGAGACGAUCACUUAGUGUGGACUGGGCUGACACUGCCAAGAUGACGCAGCCCAUGAGGGGGGACCAGGUCCACCAGCCGGCCCCAGCCUCCAAGUCGGCCAGCCUGUCCUCACCAAGCGCGGCUCGCCGCCUAUACCGCAACUUGUCUGGAAAGUUCCGUGUGGGCACCAACCCCCCUGCCCUGGAGGACAGUGUGGUGUCAGGACGGGGAGGAGACAAGGAGAGGCUGCGCAAAACCACCAUAUUUCAGAGUAAUGAAGCAUUGUUUGAGGCAGUGGAGCACCAGGAGUUGGACUUGGUACAGCUGCUGCUGUCCCAGUACAGUCUGGAGGAGCUGGACCUCAACACCCCAAACAGUGAGGGCCUCCUGCCCCUCGAUAUUGCUAUCAUGACCAACAACGUGCCCAUGGCCAAGCUGCUACUGCGAGCUGGUGCCAAGGAGAGCCCCCACUUUGUGAGUCUGGAGGGCCGAGCAGUGCAUUUGGCCACCUUGGUACAGGAGGCUGAGCAGCGGGUGUCAGAGCUUCAGGCCCAGGUUGGAAGUGAGGGUCCUGGUGAGCAGGAGGGAUCUGACCAGGAGAGGCAGCUAAAGGCCUGGGAGUGGAGGCUCCGGCUCUUCCGACGCAUGCAGACAGGGUUCCAGCAUGCUAACUCUCCAGAUGCUCCCAGUGUAGCUCGCCUGUCUGUCAGCAGCAGCACCAGUCUAAGGGUGGACUUCCAGGAACCUCUCUGCGUCAACUCUGCUGUGGUUACCAAGUACAAAGUGAGCUGGAGCAGUGCUCCUUCAUUCAGUCCUUUGCUGGGUGAGAUGGUGGUGGAGGACACCACUCUGCUACAGUGCAACAUCACUGGACUCACUUCUGGGACCUAUUACUAUGUCCAAGUGUCAGCCUACAACAUGAAGGGCUGGGGCCCUCCACUACUUUCUACCCCUGCCUGCGCGGCACCUUCCAGUUGGAGGGAUAUCGAUGGCCGUGCUCCACGUCAGAGAGGCCAGAAGGAGGCACUAGACCAGCUUCUGGGACAGAUAAAAGAAGCUCACCGCCACUGUGUCUGCCAUGAACAGUGUAAAGCUCCACCACAAGUGAGGAAGCACUCAGUAUCCAAAAGCCUGCGCCACCUCUUCCAACCCACCAGCAAAUUUGUUAAAAGCUUGAAAAGAGGUCUCUAUCUGACAUCCAUAUUCUACAGAGAUGACAAUGUGUUGGUGACUCCAGAGGACCAGAUUCCUAUUGUGGAGGUUGAAGAUUCCUACUCCAGCUCUCUCAUGCAGGACUUCCUCUGGUUUACCAAGGUAUCAUAUCUAUGGGAGGAGAUUCUCUGGCUGCAGCAGUGUCUCAGUCCUUCCCAGUCGUCCUGUUCCUGUACUCUGCAGACACGCCUCAAGAUGCUGCAGGCUGUCUCUCAGCUGCAGGGAAUGCUGGGAACCCAGGACCUCGGUCAGGUGUAUUUUGAGCCAAUCAAAGACAAGCAUGGUAACGCCCUGCUGGUGCUCCUGAAGGACAUGAAUGCAUGUCCCAACCUGGAUGGUGUUCGCUGGACGCAGCUUUGCAAACUCCAGCUCCAACGCAAGUCCAUCUCGUCCCCAGAUGAGCCCACUGCCUUGGACGUGCUUCUCAUCACACUCCAUGAGAAGCUGGCGUAUCACAGGCGAAGCAGGAAGAUGUUGUCUCCAGGCUUAUACCUGGGCUACCUGAAGCUGUGCACAUCAGUGGAGCAGAUCAGAGCGCUGGUGCCCCAGAAACUCCCCAAUGUCCUCUGUCACACCAAAAUUCGGGAUAAUAGCAACGUAUCCAGAGAGGAGUGGCAGUGGCUGCAGGCUCUCAGCUCUCUGGAGGAGUCGCUGGAAAUGGACCAAGAAGUACAGAGUGCUCCACAUCGCCUCCUACAGGACCUGCGCAGUGCCAUCAAGGACCUGAUGGCACACAUUAAUGUCCCUGGCAAUCAGGCACAGGACUUCCGUAUCUACAGCCAGGAAGUGUUGGAGUUUGGGGAGAAAGUGUCCUUCCUGCUCCUCCUGCCACCUUCAGAUGAAGUGUGCACAGCUCCUGGUCAGAAUAACCCAUACUCCCCCCGCUCUGGCUUCCUCACCCUGCCCCUGCAGAUCUUUGAACUGGUCCACUUUAAUGCAUAUAGCCCCAGUUUCAUUGGCCAGUACUGCAGAGUGUCAGCUUUGCUGGAGCUUGAGUCCCUCAUGUCCCAGCAGGCACUAAGGGAGGCCUUCUCCGAGGCCGAGCUCCUUGCUGCUAAGAAGAAACACCAGCAGGUCCAGGAACACAUGCAGCAAAUGGAGGAGGUAUGGCGUGAUGCAAGGUGGAUCAUGGACGCCUUGCAGUAUGCCCGCUACAAGCAGCCAAUGGGCGGUAUCUUCAUAAGCUGGAUAAUUGACUUUUCCAAGGAAGUGAUCCCCGACAAGCCUCCCUCCACCUCCUCUCAGCCAGACUUUAUGCCCUCUCCCAUGCCUUCACCUGAACCCUGCCGCAAGCACUCAGAUUUUGCUGGGUUAUCAGAUGAGGAGGGCUCUUCUGAGGUCUUCCUCACCACCGACAGUGACUACGACUCCAGCCGUGCCCAGAGCCCCCGUGAGCUGGAUCUGUUGCCCCCCUCACCGCUCUCAUCCUCUGCGCCGCUGGAGCCCCGUGGUUUCCUGCGUAGUGACGGCAGCAGCUCAGGAGGAGGGUUGUGUGGGGAUGGACGCGGAGGGGGAGCGCUAAGGGAUUCCACGCCAGAUGUCCUCCAGGCAUCAGAGCUGCUGCACGGGAGGGAAGGUGAGCGGUGUGGUGGAGGGGGAGGAGUUCGGUGUGGUGGGGAAAGGCGCAGGGGGGCCCCGGAGCUGUUUGACAGUGACUUCAUCCUACCCAGCAGGCAGAUUGAGCUGUUGCACAUCACAGAGAAGAGACAGGCCUUCUGUGUGAGAACCAGCAGCCUGGAGUUCCCUUCCACCACCUCAGCCCACCACCAGCCUUACUGCUGCCACACUAAUUGCCCCUUGCCCUCCACCUCACCACAGCGAAGAUGGCUCAGGCCCUCAUCAGUGGAGCGCUGUUGCUCGGCUGAGCGCUGCCUACCGCAACUUCCACCAGCGCGUACGUUAUCGCAGGACAGUGGUACACAGAGACUCUCCUCACCAUCGCCUGCUACCCUCAGGAAAGGCUGUCAUGCCACACUCAGAGUGUACCCACAGUACCGCACAGGCCUGCCAAAGGAGACCAGUGUUAAGCUUUGUGUGACUCCAGGAACAUCAGCACGGGAGAUGGUCCAGCUGGUGGUGCAGGAAAUGAACGUCGUGUCUCGGCGCAUGCUCGGCAGCAGCGGAGGCGGUGGUGAACAGGAGCAGUGUGUGUACUACAGUCCUGAACAGUUGAAGCACUUUGGCCUUGUGCUGGUUGUGGAUAAUAGAGAAAAGUGGCUUCAGGAUGAUUUCUGUCCCCUGGAGCUCCAAAACCCGUGGCUGAGGGGCAAACUGUGCGUUCGCAUUAAGGAGUAUUCACCACUAGCGCUCAAACACAGCCAGGCCACCACAGUGUGAUACUUCUAGGAGAGAGAAUGAGUUAAAGAAAACGUUUAAGAGUUCAUGCCAUGUGCAGAUUUUCUUUAGAUAAAUGUGUAUUGAAAUUAAGGAACUGUUACAUUUGUACAAACAGGCUCUUAACAGGCUCCUAAACUCUACACUAUUUUCUCUCUCACUGUGGUGUUACCGUCCACAACUGCAGCUAUAACAUAUUGUCAUGCUGUGUUUUUGUUAUCUGAAAGGCUUCUGUUUCCAUGAAAUGUGUUCUCCCGUAUGUAGGACCUUUUUUAUGAACAUCAGAGACCCUCAUAUGGACACCAAAUGAACAAUAACAAAAUGGAACAAAGAGAAAAGAGUUUUUUGUGCUGUCAGAAAUCAUUGGGAAAAAGAUUGUGAUGCUGAGCAAGAUUAAUGGAGCGUAACUUCGACUUCUGGCAUGAUUGACGCCGGCACAUCGGGCCAUGCACGUUGCCAAAACGUCAUGGGCAGCAUCGUUGCCUCCCCAUCCACACGCGGACACGGCUUUUCCUAUGAACUCUCUUAUUGUGUCAUUCCCAAAGAGCUGUCGGCUGCAGCCGCCCGGCCCCAUGUUCCCAGGAUGUGGGCUCUGGACCCGGCCCAGAGGGCAGGAAGGAAGAGAGAAGUACAGAGGGGGGCUGGCGUCUCCGCUUGGGGACGCAAUCGGCCUAACGAUUUGGCCCGUCAGCCUGUCACUCAACUGCUCUUGGCCACUGUACUGUCUGGUAGUGAAGCAGCCAAGCAAGGGGGAGAGAGCUUGAUAGAGAGCGAGAGAGAGAGAGAGAGAGAGAGAGAGAGAGAGAGAGGGGCGAGGAGGAGGAGGGUGAAGGCUGAAUCUUUUAGAACCUGGCACUGGCUCUCUGGUGCUCUUUUUCUCCCUUUUGCAGCAACAAAUCCUCUGUAUAGUAGACUCAGUCGUAGUGUAGCUAACAUAUACAAUCAUCUCAUUUUGUGAAGUAACACAAAAUAAAACCAGCUAAUUUGGAUUUUCACAACAGAGAAAAAACAAGCAAUACUUGACUCUUUUUGUUUUUCUAAUAGAUAGAGAAAAGCAUGUAAACCUUCCAGAAUUGUGCUGAGUACAUCUAACGUACUGUAGUCAUGCUGUGCUAAAAGUUAACCAGUUCAGUGUUUUGUUGUGUUUGGUUCAGUGGUAUUCCCAGAUGCAUCAGAAAAUGGUGCCCAUCAGUCUAGAGCAGUGUCCCCUAAAGGGAUUCUAUUGUGAAAGGGUUGUUAAGGGGCCCGGUGUUGUUUAGCAAAGUGACACACUGUGUAUUCCAGAGUGUCUCCUAAACUGCUUCAAGAUAAGUUAUAUAUGAAAGGACUAAACUGUAAGAUGGUUAAAAAUAUAUUUUACAGACUCUCAACGAACCAUGAGUCAUGUGACUAAUGAAGAAUAGUGAAGGCAUCAGUUGGCUAGUUGUCGGUUGCCUUGCUAUCUUGUCUGUACUGAAGGCGAAGACGCGGGUAACACGACUGUAAAACUCUACUGCAAAGGAAAAAAACGCAGUAAAGCUUGUUAAUCAACCUGCCGCGUUUCUUUAUUCUUUCACCUCUAUUUAGUUUGACAAAUUGUGAUUUGUAGCAAGCCAACCUCCCUCCAAAAUAUGACAUUAUAUCUCCUAUGCAACAAUUUCUUACUUUUAGAAUGCGCACACAGCGAGGCGCAGACAAGUGUAAUCUUCGAUGCAAUUUCAUCAAAAUUAAAACAUCAAAAGAUAGCCGAAAACGUUAAUAAAGGAUGGUGUACUGGAGAAGAGUUGUGUGACGUGUUUUAAUCUUGAUGGAAUUAUAUCUGUUAUGAACAUUCAUGCAAACAUAACUUGUAGUUAAUCAGAUUUUGAAAACCACAUCCCUUCACUCAACAAAACAUCAAUAAACGUAGUUUUCAAUAAUCAUUUCAUACUGAAAUGUGUCCAUUGUAACAUUUUUAAAGUAAAAUCUCAUAGACCAACAUGGUCAAACCCACAGUCAGUGUCGUCUAUUAGAUAACAUUGUAAUAGCUCGCACAGCCAAUUGUCAGUAAACAUGCUAGCAGAUUAACUCGCGAGUGCUAGCUUGUCUACCCUGAUCGGUUAUGUGACCCUCGCCUUGCAAGUCGUAGCGUUCAGUCAAGAGUUUUCCAUGACACACAAAUUUCUUGCGAUUACCUCAAUUACCAAAACACUGAUGCAGGUAUUGCACUUUUGGGAUGAACCACAUAAUAAAUAAGGCCUCUUAACAAUCUAAACCAUCCUUUUUAGUUAAUUUUUGGGAACCUGUGCCAAGGUUUGGUUUCUCUGUUCACACUAUACAGUCUGUGAAACCUCACAACAUUACAUUUGAAACAGUCUGUGCAUUGUUUACAUCGAACACCGCAUCUCACACUCACAGAAACUGAAGGCUGUUGUGUUUUAUUUAUUUUUUUCAGCAUACGAUAAAUACUUUGUUCCUGCUGUAAAACCUCAACCAGGCUCAGCAACAUCAUUAUAAUAACGCCCAGCAUUUCCAAAUGUAGCACCAGAAAGGUCCAAAAGAGGAGAGUUUGAUGGGUGAAGUCAGUGGACCUGGCCUCGGUUACUGUAGCAUUCCAGGUUCACAGGAUGCUGUGGAACCUGUCACAAGGGGAGUUAACAGUGGUGUCUCUCAAAGUGUUUACAGAGUUUAGUUUCCUUACACCUUCAAAUAUGUGUUUACGUGUAACUACUGUAUAACGAUGUCUUAAGACAAACUGAUGUUAUAAGUUGUAAUUGGUUUUACUAAUGGCUUGAACUCUUGUGUUUGCGCUUAGAUGUCUUCUUUAUUCACAUUGUUAAAGCAGUUUUUACGAGGGCCAACUGCAAAAGCAGAUCACACAACCAGAAACCGACCCAUGUACAUAGACAAACAAGACCAGGGGAUGAAUGUACUGUAUCUGCCCUAAAUGUGCAAGUAAGUGAAUGUGGGGUUGUCAUCACUGCAGAGGUCUAAGGUCAGUGAAGUUAUAGGCAGGGGACUGUCUUAAGAUUAUGCUGGGGGGGGGGGUUAAAUUCCCUUUCCAGUCAAAAAAUAAAGUAAAGCCCCAUGUUUACAAGGAGCUGUUGGCAGAUCCAUCAGGCGAAGUCAUGAAGGAGACAUCACGUCACUUUUUUUAAAAUCUAUUUUUAUUGAACAAUAAAUGAAUAUUACAAAA